AUAUAUAAAAAAUCAAAAGUGAUAAUUUGACAAACUUCAGAGAUUAUUUGUGAUAAAAAUCUUUUUAAAAAUUAUGUGAAAAUUUUCCGAAUUAACUCUUGAAUUUGACAGAAAAGACAAACAAUCAGCUUUCAAAAUCAAGUUCUCACCUGGUUCGAAAUACUGCCGUCGAUGACCUCAACUUUUUAAAUAAGCCGGCUCCCACAACUUUACCAAACACUUUUGCCGGCAGAAUUUUUUUUUAAAGCUGCUUUGUAUUUAAGCACAGCAAUCCCAAACCCUAAUUCAAGCCUUGUUCGCUCAAAGCAACUCGUAAGUAUCACUUGAGCAACUUAAUUAUUCAGCUGCCUUUUAGCUAUCAAUGAAGUUCCCCUUUUAUAGAAGCAUCUGCUCCAAAAAAAAAAAAAAAAAAGUUUCCCCUUCCAUCUCCUUCCUGCUCGAUCUUCUUCUUCUUCGUCUUCUUACGUUUCUUCUGUGACCCAUUCAUCAGCACCUAAAUGGCUUCCUCUGCUUCUUCAACCCCUACUAUAUGGACGCAUGAUGCGUUUCUCAGUUUUAGGGGUGAAGACACCCGAACUAGUUUUACGGACCAUUUGUACCUUGCUUUGAUCCAGAAAGGAAUUCGUACCUUUAGGGAUGAGGAAAACCUGAAGAGGGGAAAAUCCAUUGGCCCAGUACUGUUGAAAGCAAUUGAAGAAUCUAGAUUUGCCGUGGUCAUUCUUUCAGAGGACUAUGCUUCUUCAGGAUGGUGUUUAGAUGAACUUGCGCAUAUUAUUGUUGAGUGCAAGAAAGAGAAGGAACGCGAAAUUUUCCCGGUUUUCUACCACAUCAAACCAUCCGAGGUGAGAAAUCAAACUGGAAACUUUAGCCAGGCCUUUGCUAAACAUGAAGAAAAUUUCAAGGGCAAUAUGGAGAAGGUGGACAAGUGGAGGAAAGCUUUAGGGGAAAUAGCCGAUAUCCGGGGAUGGGUUCUGGAUAAAGACAGGGAACAAUUGCUGUUCACGGUAUAUUCCUAACCUUGCCUGCAAAGGAAGAUAUAGAGUUGGAUGCUGAUCCAUUCUCAAAUAUGCGCGGACUAAAAUUGUUGAAGAUUUGUAAUGCCAACUUUUCUGAAUGUCCUGAAUAUUUCUCUAGACAGUUACGGCUUUUGGAAUGGCAUGAAUAUCCUUCAGAGUCCCUACCCCCAAGUUUUCGGCCAUCUUCCCUUGUUGAACUUAGGUUGCCUAACAGCCGCAUUAAACAACUAUGGCAUGAAAUGCGCGUUCCUAUGAUGGAAAAGUUGACGCUAAUCGAUCUUUCCAACUGCAAAUGCUUGACCAAGACCCCAGACUUCAGUAAGGUCCCAAAU